AUGGUUAAAAUUGGAAUCAACGGUUUUGGUCGUAUCGGCCGUAUUGUCUUCCGUGCUGCUCGUGAAAAGCAAGGCGUCGAAGUCGUAUCUAUCAAUGAUCCCUUCAUCUCUUUGGACUAUAUGGUCUACAUGCUCAAAUAUGAUACUGUUCAUGGCCGCUUCAAGGGACAAGUCGAGGCCAAAGACGGCUAUUUGGUUGUCGAUGGUCAAAAGAUUCACGUCCACAACGAAAAGGAACCAGCCAAUAUUCCCUGGGGCAAAGACGGCGUUGACAUCGUAGUCGAAUCCACUGGUGUAUUUUUGUCUACGGAAGCUGCUGGAAACCACUUGAAGGGUGGUGCUAAGAAGGUCGUCAUCACUGCCCCCUCUCCUGAUGCACCCAUGUAUGUCUGUGGUGUCAACCUGGACAAAUAUAAGGCUGAUCAAAAGAUUGUCUCCAACGCCUCCUGUACCACCAACUGUUUAGCUCCUCUGGCCAAGGUCAUUCAUGAAAAGUUUGGUAUCAAGGAAGGUUUGAUGACCACUGUACACGCAACCACAGCAACCCAAAAGACCGUCGAUGGUCCCUCUCACAAGGACUGGCGUGGUGGUCGUGCUGCUUACUCUAAUAUCAUUCCUUCCACAACUGGUGCUGCCAAGGCUGUAGGUAAGGUCAUUCCCGAGCUAAAUGGCAAGCUGACCGGUAUGGCCUUCCGUGUACCCACGAGUGAUGUCUCUGUUGUCGAUUUGACAGUCAACUUGGAAAAAGAAACUUCAUAUGACGACAUCAAGAAGGCUAUCAAGGAGGCUUCUCAAGGCCCAUUGAAGGGUAUCCUGGAUUACACAGAAGAUUCUGUGGUAUCUACUGAUUUCAUCGGUGAAGAACACAGCAGUGUCUUUGAUGCUAACGCCGGUAUUCAAUUGACACCUACCUUUGUCAAAUUGAUCGCUUGGUACGAUAACGAAAAGGGUUAUAGUUGCAGAGUAGUUGACUUGGUUCAACAUAUUGCCAAAACCUUGUAA